UCGCCUCCUCCGCGCCCCUUAUCCUCCUCCUCCUCCCCGCCUCCUCCCCACCUACCCGCGCCCGCUCUCCUCCCCCUCUCGCGCCAUGUCGCAGCCCGCCACCGGGAACCCCUACGCCGCCGAGCUCGCCGCCGCCAAGAAGGCCGUCUCCCUCGCCGCCCGCCUCUGCCAGGCCGUGCAAAAGGACAUUCUGCAGUCUGAUGUUCAGUCCAAGGCGGAUAAAAGUCCGGUGACAGUUGCUGAUUAUGGCUCUCAAAUAUUGGUAAGCCUUGUCCUGAAAAUGGAAUCACCAGUUUCCGCUUCCUUCUCUAUGGUGGCUGAGGAGGACUCAGAAGAAUUGAGGAAAGAAGGCGCAGAAGAAAUUUUAGAAAAUAUCACCGAACUCGUAAAUGAAACUAUUGUGGACGAUGGUUCAUACAGCAUUUACUUUUCAAAGGAAGGUAUUCUCUCUGCAAUCGAUGACGGGAAGUCUGAGGGAGGUCCAUCUGGGCGACACUGGGUGCUUGAUCCAAUUGAUGGUACUAAAGGUUUCUUAAGGGGAGACCAGUAUGCUAUUGCACUGGCGCUGCUUGAUGAGGGUAAGGUUGUUUUGGGUGUAUUGGCUUGUCCCAACCUUUCUUUGGGAUCAAUAGGCAACCUUAAUGGUGGCUCUUCGGAAGAUCAAGUUGGUGCUCUCUUUUCUGCUACUAUUGGUUGUGGAGCUGAAGUAGAGUCUUUACAGGGCUCUCCGGCACAAAAGAUUAGUGUCUGCUCCAUCGACAAUCCAGUUGACGCAUCAUUCUUUGAGUCCUACGAAGGGGCACACUCCAUGCAUGAUUUAACAGGUUCCAUUGCCGAGAAACUUGGUGUCCAAGCUCCUCCAGUUAGAAUCGAUAGCCAAGCAAAAUAUGGUGCCCUAGCCCGAGGUGACGGUGCCAUUUACUUGCGUUUUCCACACAGAGGUUACAGAGAGAAGAUCUGGGAUCAUGCAGCCGGCUCAAUCGUUGUGACAGAAGCUGGAGGUGUGGUGACAGAUGCAUCAGGAAACGAUUUGGAUUUCUCCAAGGGGAGAUUUCUUGAUCUCGACACAGGGAUCAUUGCAACAAACAAGCAGCUGAUGCCUUCACUCCUAAAGGCUGUACAAGAGGCCAUCAAGGAGCAAAACCAGGCUGCUUCCCCGUUGUAGAGGUUGUCUGUUUCAAUCCACAAAUAUCAUAAUAUGUCCGUAUAAUAAUAAGAAUUGCAGUGCUGUUCCCAUGUCAACAUUGUUUUAAUUUGUGUGCACGCCCCUUUUUUGUUGUUGCAAAUACAAUAUCAUAUUGGUGCACAUGUCUGCAUUUUAAUUGGUAGGUGAGCUUUGUCGUGUUCUUUUGUCUGAAUUCACAGAAAUUAUUGAUUUGUCCUCAGCCUGUAAUUCUGGGUAAUAUUUAUAUGUAAGUUCCAACUGCUGUGGCAGGACUGUAUUUACAUACUAGCAAUAAUCUCAGGUUGUGCAACCUGUGGGCUAAGGCCAACAUAGCCUAUAUAGGUGGCACAGUUGGCCAUUAGAGUGGGACCCAUUGCAGAUAUAAAUAGUUGUAACCAUUUCUACAACGCUAUGAAAAUAAGAUUGGUCACACCGUAGGAAAGAAAUAUUUCCAGGUGAAUUCAUUCGCUCGACAGAAAAGCACCAUUGCAGUUCUUUCGUCCUAUUAUAUUCUUCUGCAUCUAUCCUUAAAUUUAUGGAAAUGCUAAGGACC